AUGAUCUAUAUGAUAUUUUUCUUGUUUUCUUCGUCCAUAACAAUCAUUUCUCCGUUCAUUGUUGGAGGCUGUAUUGGUCCAAAGUCGGUGUUGGAGCGCUAUCUCAAGCCAGAACAGAAAGCACAACUCCGAAAAUAUAUUCACAGUGCAUUCGACGGUACCAACUCGGAUCAGGUCCUAGCCAAUGUGAAUACUUAUGUCCAUAGCGUUCUUCUUCCGGAUCAGUGGAAUAGUAUUCUGCCGGAAUUAAGGAUGUAUCAAGGGCAGAAACGCGAGUGCUCAAUAUACGCUCAGCUGUUGCCAACUGAAAUGUACAAAAAGCUUGUACGAGGAGACUACUUCUUCCAGAAUUCCGUUUUCAAAGCUAAGGAACUGGGUGCAGACGACCACGAUCUUAGGCGGCUAGUCGAGGAUUAUGUAGAACGUGCCAUGCAAUCUGGACUUGUACCACAAAAGAACAUACCUGCUCAACUAAAAACAGCUCAUCCCAGUCCUUCUGCUGUACGUUACAAGCCAAGAAUUCGCUAUUACCCCCAGCGAAUAAUCCAUGAAUUAAUUCCACCGCCAUUAUCGAGAACCUAUGUACCAAAAGUUCUGUGA